AUGCAUGGUUCGGUAUUAUCGGUGCUCAGCCACUCUUCUCAGGAAUACGCGAUGGGGACUCCGCUCCGAAUGAAGCUGCUGGACUCAUACCUGCUGUACAUGGCACUGAGUGGAGUAGCUCAGUAUCUUUACUGCGCGCUGGUCGAUACUUACCCCUUCAACUCCUUCCUGUCCGGAUUCAUCGCCUUCAUGCUGGCAGUUUGCUUGCGGAUACAGAUCAACCCUCAGAACAAAGGAGAUUUCAUUGGCAUCUCACCUGAGCGAGCAGACUUUUUGCAGACUUCCUCUUUGCUAGUACCAAUCUUCAUCCAGUGGCUAUCAACUUCAUAG